ACAAAGGGUGACAGAGGGGCGUGGGAAGGCUGGAAGGCGUCGCUGCCCCGCCUGGCCAGGCGAUGCCGGCCCCAGCAGCCUGCUGGGGAGUAGGGACAAGGAACAGGCUAAACCUGGGGCUCGGGAUAUUUGAAUGCCACCAAAAUUGCCGUCCCAGCCCAACAAGGCAGGGAGAGAAGAGCUGAGUGCGUGCGCGAGCUGAGUGCUUACGUCGCAGCGAGAUCUGUGCUGGGAUAAUUAGAGAGGAGUUGGGCUGAGCCGAGUCCUCUUUUAGCAGCAGCCGCCGGAGCCGCAGCAGCAGCCCGGAGGGCGCGCCCGACUCGGGCCGCUCGGGAGCGCACGGGGACAGGCCCGCGCCGCGCCCCCCGCCCCACCGGCUCCGGGCGCACAAAGGCUGCGGCCGCUCGCGUGGCCUUCUCCUUCCAGGCGAUCGGGUCUCGCUCCCUCCCUUCUCUCCCGAAGGCAAAAAUGGCAGGGCCGGGCGAGCACCUGGGACAGCGGUGGCCCUAGCUCUGCUGUCCCCACCCUUCCUGCUAAGAGAGGCAGCGGGCUGCCCGCGGACGAUGUGGCCGCGGCUGCUCGCGAGUGCGUCUUCGGCCCGGGUCCCCGCUGUCGCCCCUCUUGGCUGCUCCUUCUCUCCCACCGAGCGGAGUUGAUGCUGCUGUCGCCGCCGCCGAUGGAUGCCAGAGUGCCGCAUUGCUUAGCCUCCCCGCCUCCGGGUUUGCUGACGCUCUCUCCCCGCCCUGGAGCUCAGCGCUGAAGAGCCGCCUUAUUAUUAUCAGAAUUCCCAUCGUUACCCCGCAGGCAGGCGCGUCCCUCAGUAGAGACCGCAGAAGCAUCACAGUGCCGGGGCUGAGAUGUGCGUGGGGGGUGUUUUUGUUACAUCUUGGAAGAGAAGAGAAGAGGACUGUGCCAAGAUCAGAACCACCCCCCAUGCUAGGUGGGAUUAGGGGUAUUUUGUUAGGACAGAGAGAGAACAAGAAGACGGGUGCAGGGCCCUCCAGAGCUCUACGUCUCUUAAGGAAAGGGAAGAAAGAACCAAAGUGGGGCAUUGUUUUUAGCGGGUGGGGGAAGAACUUUGUAUCCCCUGCAGGAAAGCUGUGGGAAAGCAGGAGCAACAGGGUACUUGAUUGGACACCAAGGCAAAUCAUUUCCUGUGCAGGACAGGAAGCAGGCAGCUGUUGGUCUGGGGGCCAGAGAGGGGUGGCAGCAAGGGUGUACCAGGUGUGUUGGGCCAGUCAACAAGAGCUUCAGGAGGGAAGGCUCAGGAACGCGGAGCAGAACAAUGACUCAUUUACAAGCGGGUCUCUCCCCUGAGACCCUGGAGAAAGCUCGCCUGGAGCUCAAUGAGAACCCAGACACGCUGCACCAGGACAUCCAGGAGGUGCGGGACAUGGUCAUCACCAGGCCGGACAUUGGCUUCCUGCGCACGGAUGAUGCCUUCAUCUUACGCUUCUUGCGCGCCAGGAAGUUUCAUCACUUUGAGGCCUUUCGCCUCCUGGCCCAAUACUUCGAGUACAGGCAGCAGAACCUGGACAUGUUCAAAAGCUUCAAGGCCACUGAUCCUGGCAUCAAGCAGGCACUGAAGGAUGGCUUCCCUGGGGGCCUGGCCAAUCUGGACCACUAUGGCAGGAAGAUUCUAGUCCUUUUUGCUGCCAACUGGGAUCAGAGCAGGUACACACUGGUGGAUAUUUUGCGUGCCAUCUUACUUUCUUUAGAAGCCAUGAUUGAAGAUCCUGAGCUUCAAGUGAAUGGGUUUGUUUUGAUCAUAGACUGGAGUAACUUCACCUUCAAGCAAGCCUCUAAACUUACACCAAGCAUGCUGCGAUUAGCUAUUGAAGGUCUUCAGGAUAGUUUCCCAGCACGAUUUGGAGGAAUUCAUUUUGUUAAUCAGCCGUGGUAUAUCCAUGCCCUGUACACCGUGAUCCGGCCUUUCCUAAAAGAGAAGACUCGGAAAAGGAUAUUUUUGCAUGGUAACAACCUGAAUAGUCUGCACCAGCUAAUUCAUCCCGAGAUCCUGCCCUCUGAGUUUGGGGGGAUGCUGCCCCCAUAUGACAUGGGAACAUGGGCAAGAACACUGCUAGACCAUGAGUAUGAUGAUGACAGUGAAUACAAUGUGGACUCCUACAGCAUGCCUGUGAAGGAAGUUGAGAAGGAACUCUCCCCCAAGUCCAUGAAGAGAUCCCAAUCAGUAGUGGAUCCUACAGUACUGAAACGCAUGGAUCAAAAUGAGGAAGAAAAUAUGCAACCUUUGCUUUCUCUGGACUAACAACUCUACACACACCUCCACCCCCCAAUGGAUUAGAAAUGGAAGGUACUGGUUUUCAGCAACAGGGACAGCACUACGGAGUUACUAAGAGCAGAAAACCAAUUUACUCAUGUUAAUGUAGCAUAAUAUAAUAAGGCAUCAGACUUUUCCAUUGCCUGAACCAUGGGUGCCCUGGGCUGGAUUAAAAAAAAAAGUCAAUAAUUUAUUCUGUAAGUGCCAAGUUGUUUGUAAAUAUAAUGUAAUCUUCAUGUCAAGUUUGUAAAUUUUGGUAGUGAUUUAAUUUGGAAAAGAUUGGCUCAAAAGUCCAUGCCAGUGAUAUGAACUGUAACAAAAGGCAGAAAAGACAUAUAAAUGAUCAAAGCUAAUUAAAUGUAGCCCUGUUUCCUAUGAAGCCAUAUUUCAGCUAUCAUAGUGAUCGUGUCAUUGUUUUUCUCUGAAACUGUGUAAGCAGUCAAAUGUACUUUUAAUGGGCACAUGGAACUAAAUGAUUCUUGGAAAUUAUUAUGAUUAAUGUAUUUCCUGUCUAGUGACUUUCAUUUCAGAGAAAAUGCAUCUUAGCAACUAUCUUCGGUCUUGUAUUCAGGAGACAAGGAAUGGCAGAUGAGCUGCUAAACUGAAUACUUGAACUGUUCUAUGCUGUUUAAUUCCUGGAGUCUUCUGAAAAGAUUUGUUUUCCCAAUUAAGAUGUGGAAUUCUUCUGAAAGAGAGUUGAUUCUGUUCAAACUGCUGUCUUCACAAGGUGCCCUUCAUUCAAGACCCCAUUGUAUCUCUGUCUAAUGUACUUUAAGAACAUUUUUCCCCAAAACUCUUUGGCUAAGAGAAUAACUCACAUGUGAGUAGUGUUUUGACAGCUAAUUGUGAACAUAAAAUUUGCCACUUAGAUAAGGGGCUAAUUUAUAAUUACUGUGCACUGGUUGAAAAUAUAUAUAUAUUCACAUACACACAACAUAUAUAUUUUUACUGAGCUCUAAUAAAUCCUUGAUGUGACAAGCUUAUAAAAUAAAUUAUACAUAUUCAGUGAUCUUAGAGAUGUUAUAGAUAAUUACAUGAAAUGCUAACUCUGGAAAACCACUUCCACCGAAGUUAAUGAGAAUGAGAAAUGGUAAGAUAGACUUUCAAUGUACCCAUUUAAGGGAAUUCUAAUUUAUUUUAUAAUGCAAUCGAAUAUGUGCCAUUUUGGUGAAAUAUAUUUUUUCUUCAAAAAAGCAACAGGGCUCAAUGUAAUAUAGGUAGUAUCAGGUGACAAAGAGUAAAAUAGUUUUUCUCAUAUUCAAGUUAAUUAUCCUAGUGUGAUCUUAUAUGUACACAUUCUCUUUUCAGGAUAGAUUGAAAGAAUACUUUGCAUCCAGAAGAUAUAAAGAAAGCAUCUGAGGGCAUCUAAGAUAACAUAUAAUAGUUUUGGAAUUCAUAAAUAUUAUUUAAAGAAUUUUAUAAUUACAGCCAAUUUAAAAAACCUUAUUUUAAAAUUCAAAUUCCAGUGUGAAAAAGUAAGAUUUUUAUCACCUUUUCAGGGUGAUAAAUUUAGAGAUUGAGAAUUUACCACUAAAAUAUUCUUUGGAAAGAAAAAUAUCUCCAGGAACUCUUGAAAACCAACAGAAAUAAAGGCAUGUGGCUUAGCCAAAAGCUUCAGAAAUUUCACUUAUAAUUCUACGGCCAAAAAUCUUGAAAUCAAGAUCAGUACACCACAUUCUAGUGUACCAAUGGACUGUCUAAUGUUUUUGAAAACACAUACAUUAACAUGAAUGGAAGAUACUUAAGAAUGCCAAACUCCGGUCUAGUGCAGAAGAAUCAUGGCAGGUACUGUGCUCUAACCAUGACGAUUACAGAGAUUAGGAUGAACUGGGAACAAAAAGCCACAACAAUUCUUUAUAAUUCAGUAAGAAUUCAAUAUCUUUAUAAACACCCUAGCCAUUGAUGUUCUUAUAUUUUUGCCUACCUAACUGACAGACAUUGCCCUGGGCUUUAUAAACUAUAUAAACAAGUGUUAGCCAGUAUGAUCCAUUGGAAUAAAAUAGAAACAACGUAAGUACAGAAGGGCAGUCAGCUUUUCAUUCUCCGGAGCUUCUCUUGAUGUACACCCUUUAUUGCCAGUUUUCAGAAUUCUACUAGCUUCGUGUGUCAACCAGCACAGUCAACUUCUUUCCCCUAUCCUAAAGUUAGUGUAAUAUAUAAAAAUUACUAGAAAAGCAUAUUUUAUAUGUACACCUACCUAAUUACAAGUAUCAUUCACACUAUCUCUAUACCCCACAUUUGAAAACUUUGCAUUGGCAUUACUGCUAGUCUGCUCUUCUUCAAAUGAGCAGUGAGAGUUGGCUAGAUUGUGUAAAAUACUAAAAAAUGAAUGCACUUAUUAUAACAGUAAUGCCUUUAGAAAUUUCUAUAUCUAGUUCAGUCUGUGAAUAAACUCGUUUUCAUUAAUGUUUUUGAAGCUGCUUAGUCAAGGGAUAGUUGUUGAACUUUAUAAAUUUUCCCCUCAGCUCCAGGUAACUAGCAGUGUUUAGAAAAUUUUUCCCUCGUGAUUUUCUGUGUCAGAUAGCUAUGUUAUUGCUGCAUAACCUAGUAAAUCAGCACCCGUACAUUCUUUCAUUUUAAUAAAACUCAACACAGGGCCACUCAAACACACACAUGCACGCACACACACUAGACUGUUCGCCCUAAUGAAUUUGCCUCUCCAUUUUGAGAGCUAUACUUUGCUUUUUUAAUUGUCUUGUUACUUGAUAUUUACAAGUACUUCCAAGAAUUAGCCCAUUUGAUUUGGAAUAGACCAAUAGUCUAUUUACUUCUCUCUCCUUGCCUGCUUCAACUUCUAUUUAUGAUAUCUUUUCUUUCUUAUCAUUGUUUUGGGGUAGCUGCUUCCAAAGCUGCUUUAAAAAUAAAUAACGUCUCCUGUCAUAUCGUCAGUGAUAUUUGCACACACUUUUGACUGCUAUUUAAAAAGGAAGAGACAUCAUGAAAAUAUACUCAAAGGAAUAUGACGAAGUGCCUCUCUAAAAAAUAGAAUAAGACAGUGAUACUGGCAUAUAGAUAUUAUUUGUACUCUCUUCCAAAAGGUAAAUACAUGCAUCUGUAUUACAAGGGUGAAACAUAGAUGUCAUUUGAAGAAGGAUAUUUGAGGCCUUGCUUUGAGUACUCUCAUAUGGCAUUAAGUCUCUAUUGUGUAAGUUCAAUACAACAACUUUAGUACAUGUUAAUAACAAACCUGGCACUAUGCUAAAACAAUAUACACAUAUUAAAUAGAGUUUUGCAAUCAAUUUUCUGAAGUCAGCAUGUAUGAUUUCUUUAUUUUAAUAAUAGUUUGCAUAAGUGUAGGCAGAGACAUUCCUUAAGACUUUUCAUAUAAAAUGCUUGUUUACAGUACUAAAAAUUCAUACAUUCGUAAUCAGGAAACCAAGUAACUAGGUUCUCUUUAAUAUUGUUAACUAGUUCACAUUGUUAAACAUUUGAAGUUUCUGAAAUAUUCCUACAGGAGAAGUCCUUCUAUUACAUCAAGAAAAUGGAGAGUUGUUUUAGAUUUGGGGGAAGGGGUUUAUGACUCUUCACAAAAGGAAAUCUUUAGAGCCGUGGCAGACUGUUCAGGGACAGGCUUCCUUUGCUUCUACAAACAACCUAACAUUUAGGGACAAGUCUGUGGUCCUUUAAAGAAGUUAUACUAAGAAAACCCGCUGAGAGUCUGUACACUCUUCUGUUGCUUUAUUUAAAGGUCUACCUUGUUUAUAAUGUCUCUCUGCUUCUUUUUUUGUACACUUAUUAAUAAUUACUUGAAAGGUUGCCAUGAGCCAUGAGGACAUUUCAGAACGAUUUUCAACACAAAAAAUAAAAUGAGCAGAGCUCUGGCAUGAUAUUUGAACUUUUAGAUAUGGUAUUUACAAUUUGACAACAAUAAGCUCAUAGGCAUAUAUUUCAUUUUAGAUCUGCUAUAUAGAUACAUAGCCUAAAACAUAGUAGUGCAUUUUAAACUUGUGAUGCCAUUACAUCAUGUAAGAAUAGGCAGAUUAUAUACAAAUGUAUUGGAACAAAAAAAGAAGAUUGGCUAAAUAUCCAGGGUAUGCAAUUAUCUUCAAUCAUGAAAAGGAUUUGUUUGUUUGCUUUAGCUGAAAAACAAAUAGCUUCCCAAAGACUAUUUGAACUAUUUGGCAGUAUUUACUACUUGAAACAGGGGGGCAAAUACGUAAAAAUAUAGAGGCUUGGUUUCAUAACAUUAUUAUAUCACAAUACUAAUGGCUUAGAGAAAAUAAUUUUUUUCAUUAAUUCAAGUUUUUAUUUUAUAAACAUCAAGAGAUUAAAUACAUUAAAAUAAAGCUAUGAAGUCUAUUAUGUGCUAACUAUAGGGAAUGAAUUUCCCUAGACUGUAGAAAAAAAUAUAAAAUAGCAAUUUUGUGGAUUGAAAUACUCAACUUGGGCUUUUUUUUUCCAAGGAGGGAAGAGUGCAAAUGAUACUGUUGAAGUAAAAAAAAAAAUUAGAAACCAAAUAAUUAUAGGACUUAAAUACAAUAAAUGCACUUUUAUAGUAAAUAGUGGAAAUUAUUACAAUUUGAAAGAUUUUUUUGUAUUUGAGUUAGUUUUAAGUCUCAAUGCAAAUGUUUCUGUCCUUAAUGACAUUAGUGCAUUUAUUCUGUUAAAAUUAUUUUUUGUGGUGAAUGAGGUGGGCCUAGAUGUAAGUCAAAAUAAAUUUUAACAAAUCUUU